AUGUGCUUGACUAUGAGAAAAGCAGAUCUCCUGAAAUUAUUAACAGCAAUAAAUAUCAUGUUCAUUGUAAGUUUGCCUGAAUUUUUCAAAACCCAUGAAGCAAGCACUGUGAUUAUAUCAUGCAUUGAUGCUUGUUCAUUAAAUAACGUCACCUUUCCAGUCUGUGCUUUUAACAAUUUUUCUGAAAGCCUCCGGCAACAAGGAAGUAAAAAACAGACUGUUUUUUUGAAGGUCUUUACAAAUUACUCUGAUUUUCAAAAUACUCUAAGUAUUUGCCAAGUCUCCAGGACUGAACUGCAGCCAUGUAUUUUAAACUCAACCUGUGAAUCUGAGGAUGAUAUGAAUGUUGUUCACCAGGGAUCAAGAUCAGAAGUUCCAGAAGUGAGAGGAUCAUUAGAUAUGAAAGCAAAAAAAAAUAUUUCUUUCCAUAAACAUUUCAAUUUCACUAUGGGUUAUGUGAAUGAAGAAAGCGAGGAAUACAACACUUAUUAUAUAGUGGAAGUCCUCAGAAAUUCUACAACCAGAAAAGGAAACACUACAGAAGAAAACAUAAAUCACUCAUGUAUAGCAGCAAUGAUGGAAGACCAAAAUGGCUGUAUAAAUAUUUCACUGCAACUACAGCCUUAUGUGGAAAAUCCAAUGUGUAUGCUGAAGAUUAUUUGGCUUGUUCUGAUUCCAUUUGUUUUUGUGCUUACCAUCAUUACUGUUACCUACAAAGUAUUCCAAGAAAAUAAAAAACACAUCUAUAGCAAAUGUAGAGCAACGCCAGCUUCUGUUAUCCAACAAAAAGACAGCAAAAGCUCAAAAGAAUCUAUACCUACUAAUAUUAUCAUUAGCUCCUUUCAGAACCCAACCAACGAAGACCCACAGCUAUCACACAAACAGCAGAGAUAUUGCCUGCAAUUCCUGAACAUGAGCAUUCUCAGCAGGCGUAGGAAGGAGGAGAGACCUACUGGGUAGAUGCUGUAGAUUAACUGCUAAGUCUAUGCCCCUUCUUUU